AUGGUUCAAAUGUUCUGUUUUGCCUAUAGAGGUCUACAGAGUAGCGUCGCGCCAAGACCUUUAUUUUAAAAGAGCUAUGGCGGAUGUCUGAUUGUUGUUGUCCGCAUGCUAAGAUCGUCAGCUGACCUGGAAGGAAAAUUGCCAAUAAAUGGAUAAUAGUGGCAGAACAUCACUGUGAGGGAAGACAGAAGCAGCAGUCUGACAGCGAAGUACGUUUCUGUGGAUACGUUGGCCUUAACAAGCAUCACAUGAUCUGAACCACUGAUCUGUUUAGGCUACAGAAAUCCCUCCAAAUGGCUUCCAAACCAGCCUAGACUGUUUCUUCCUCUUUGGACUAGUAAAUGUUUCUGUUUUGUGUUCUUUACUGCCAUCCUUACUUUUCAAGUGGUUUUUGUUCCGCUUUGAAAAAUGAGCAACAAAGUACCAAACAGUAUAAACUCCUCAUAUGGUCCUCCUGCUUUUACCCAUGAAUUUGCGUCUGAGGAUGAGGAGAACGACGAACAGAGUACCACUGUGGGUCUUCUUCCCAAACAUCCAUCAGUGCCUCUGGCUGUGCGCUACAGUCCAGAGGACUCUUACGGUUUGGUUUACAUCAUCUUCUUCCUGAUGGGCAUCGGCUCCCUGCUGCCGUGGAACUUCUUCAUUACAGCCAAACACUACUGGCUGUACAAGUUGAGCAACAGCACUCAUUCCAGCGAUGACAAGGAUCAACGUUCAAAUCUUAGCGAUUACUUUGAAAGCUAUCUGGUCAUCGCCUCCACGGUGCCGUCUGUGCUGUGUCUGAUUCUCAACUACCUUUUAGUAAACAGGUUGUCUGCAAAUGUCCGGAUCCUGACCAGUCUGGGAGUGAUCCUGGCAGUGUUUGCAGUGACCACGGUGCUGGUGAAGGUGGAUGUCUCCGACUCAAGGAUGGAGUUCUUUUUUGGAACACUGGCCAGUGCAGCUGUGGUCAGUGGAGCCUCCAACCUCUUCUCUGCCAGUGUGUUUGGCAUCAGUGGGCAUUUCCCCAUGAGGAUUUCUCAAGCGUUAAUAUCAGGUCAGGCUAUGGGAGGCACAUUGAGUGCGACAGCAUCAAUACUGGAUCUGGCUGUCACCGAAGAUGUAACUGACAGCGCUCUGGCUUAUUUCCUGACAGCCGACUUUUUCAUUCUGCUCUGCAUCAUCACUUAUCUGCUGCUGCCUAAACUAGCUUAUUCAAGACACUACAUGCUGGCAGCCACAUGCACCAGUGCACCUGUGCAGAGUGAGGGCACUGCAGGUAGAAGCUCUGUCCCACCUUUGCAGCCCAUCCUCAGGAAGACCUGGAUUCUGGGUCUCAGCGUCUUCUACGUCUUCUGCAUCUCCUUGAUGGUUUUUCCUGCUCUGUCCUCUGGGAUCCAGUCUGUCCACACAGACAGUGGCAGUAGGUGGACCACCACGUACUUCGUGCCCCUCACCAGUUUCCUCUUGUUUAACUUCGCAGACUUUUGCGGCAGGCAGUCCACGGUCUGGCUGCAGGUACCAGGCCCCACCAGCCGAGUCCUGCCGACCCUGGUCCUGUGUCGCUCCAUCCUUGUCCCACUUUUCAUGUUCUGUAACUACCAGCCUAGAGACCACCUCCACACAGUGCUGUUCCAGCACGAUGCCUAUCCCAUCAUCUUUAACUGCAUGCUGGGCCUCUCCAACGGCUACCUCGGCACUUUACCCAUGAUCUACGGACCAAAAGUGGUUCCUCGGGAACUGACGGAGGCCACGGGUGUAGUCAUGUCCUUCUUCCUCACUCUGGGACUGGCUGUGGGCUCUGCAUUUUCUGCUCUGAUUGUACACUCAAUCUGACAGUCUUUUACUCAGAAUGCAGCAGUGGAGGAAAAAAGUUAGGUAGUUAACUAUCAUGAGGGAAAAAUCCUGAGACGCUUCACAAAAACUCUGCACCAGAAGUCAUUCAUACCUCAGAUUUGAAUGGAUCUAGUUUUCACUAAAGGGUGUUUUUACACUUUUCACUUGCAAGCAAUGAUUUGCACGAAACUUAAAAAUGCACAGUUAGUACGUUUGCGGGUUCUUUCCCUGACACUGCCUCACCACAGCACUUCUUAAUCAAGGCUUUAAAAACAACAAAGGACAAGUUAUGUGUCAACAUUUAGGACUUUGGACUUACCAAAAUUAUGUAUCUUUCUAUGUUUUAGUCCAGUCCAGAAAAAGCAGAAUUCACGUGUGAACACAACCUUAAGUAUUUAAAGGGCCGUGCCCAUGUGUCAAUACUUAAAGUGAGGGUGUAGUAUUUGCAGUCCUAGUGACAAAUCAGUUAUGUAUAUUUUUUGUACUUUCACAUUGAAAACACUUGUGUCAAAAUUGUAGAUGGUAUAGUUUGGGAUACAGGUGUGUAGUUGUUGUAUGCAAUGUCUGUGCAAUUAUGAAGAGUGGGACACAUCAAUCUGAUCAACAGUUGUUUUGUCUACAAAUGUAAGUGAUCACAAUAUUGAUCAACAUGUUUGGUUUUUAUUAUAAGUUUGUUUAACUUUUAACUAACAAUUUAACAGUGUCUAAUCAGGAACUAUUUCAUGUUGUGAAGCACCUGCUGUGUUAAGUUUAAGUCUGCCCCUGUAGUAGUGCUAAUUAACUUAGCAACAACCAGGAAACCUUUCCUGUUUUGGCAAAAUAAUUUGUCCUACUGACAUUAACAAAAACAAUUCAACAAAAUGUCUUUUACAGUUUAACAACUAAACAAACUAUAGACUUCUAAACGUUUCAGCUAUAUUGAAUAAUUCUUUUAACUCAUAUUUUCAGCUCAGAUGUUGUUUCUGUGGACAUAAAGUAAGUCAUUGGCUACUGCAAUGCUCUUAACUACACAUUGACCAGUUACCUAUAGUAGUAAUUGUCCUGAACUGUAAUACAUUUAAUAAUUUUAAUACAAAAUAAUAACCAAGGAAAAUGUUUGAAAACUUUAAUUGUUAAAAAUAUAGAGAUCAACUGACAGUAUGCCCCGAAAUACAACUUUAUGACCUAAAACAUGUUGCCAAGUGAAUAAUUUGUGCUAAAAACUAAAAAAACUUAUCUGAAAUUUUCGAAAUAUCACCAAAAACAAGAAAGACUAUAGUCUUACUCUCACGAAAAAAUCCCCUCCCAAAAAGUCAAUAACGGAAGUAGGAUGACGUUGUACGUUGUUAUUUCCGGUUGCGGAUCCGGCGCAUGAGACGAAGAGUGUAGUCUCGGCAGGUUGGCUACAUCUAAUUGAUUGAAAUGGUGGCCAACGUGUGGUACUCCGUCAACGGCGAACGGUACCUACAACGGACACACGGGAGCUGUGCGGUGCGUCGACUGAUCAGCUGACAACAGCUGUUGACUUUGGAACUGUGAGACCGGUGGGUGAAAAGAAAAUGCAGCAGUACAGCACCAAAACAACAAUAAAAACUCACAAUUAGAACCGGUGGGUUCUAUUUCAGCAGCAACAUCAUGUUUUCUACAGACAAGCAAAUGAGCUGUCAGUGUUUCAUGAACUCGUUUGACCUGGGGAACCACAGAUCGAGAAGUCCUGAAGAAAGCUAAGGAGCACAGCAGGCACAUCAAUGACAUCCAGGCGUCUGUAGACCUCAUCAUGUUUAUCAGUGCCUCAUAGGACAACAUUGCCAAGGUGGUUAUGGGAGGUGGGGAGGUGGGCAGGAGGCCAUGGAAGUGACCGCAACCUCCACCAGGAUUGGCAAAUUUGAGGCCUGGUUCUCUACGCUGUGUACGAGGAGGAGUUUGGCAGGAGUCAAAGGUCAUUUUGGUCCCAUCAGCUAUGUGGCUUUCCACUCUGACGGCAAGAGAUUGCAGAGUGCAAUGGAGGAGAAGAUGGACAUGUGAGGUGGGGGCCUACAGUGUUAGGCUUGUGGACACAGCCAGGUAGAGUAAAUGAGCAACUUUAUUUGAAGCAGAUCACUUGUUUGACUAAUUUCUGUAACUGUAGUGACUUUCAUUGUGUAACUUCAUUGCAAUGCUAUUGUUUAUUUAACACUUAGUCUUUUUUUACUUAAUUAAUUGUGUAACUUGAGCUGUAUUGUAAACCUUCCAAUAAAAGAAAAUGGUUGGAGCAUUGUCA